AUGCAUCGACUGCUCAUGUCUGCUAAAGAGCGGAGGAUCCGUGUGCGGUCCCGGUCCGUCAAGUAGCCGCCGCCGCCGCUGCUGCUCUUACUUUAGUGGCGUGGUCUUUGUCGCGGAUUUUCUUUACUUUUUAGUUCUCGAUCACCCGGAUACCUCGGAUCAGUCAACAUGGGGAAGAAGGAAGAGGAGGAUAUCAUCAGAAUCGCGAAGAAGAUGGAUAAAAUGGCGCAGAAGAAAAACGGGGUGAGAUGUCAGGAGAAUGAAUGCCUACAAUGGGGAUGUGAGUGGGGUUAGCUGCUGGCUCUCCAGCUAUCCGAGCCGCUAUUCAUUACACAUCAUUGUCAGAGCGUUAAAGCAUCACGGUGGUGUCUUUUUAGGGGAUGUUUUCUAGCAGGAAUGUCAACAUUAAACCCUUGGCUGCUGUAUUUGUUAGCCUAAGACAGCUAGCUGCACCUCUGUUGUUGGCAGCUCUAUGAGAUGAUAGCAGUUAGCCAGUCUAUGUUAGCUUUUUACCUCGCAAACUAAAUCCUAAAGGAUCUUGUCAUUAUAGGAUUCUUACUAUUAAUUAUCAAUGUAUUUAAAUGUGAACUAUGAUGAUACCUGAUUGGAAACGUGUUGUUUGAUUUUACAACCGGCAUAUUACUGAGCGCUAGUGCUUUAGCUAAUUAGCUGUUAUGGACACUACUGUACGCAGCACUGACACUGUAGCUACUACAGGUACAUAAGCAGGAUCUUAAUAUAUGUAAACAAUAACAAUGGCGCAAAGACCUACAGUGGUUUAACCCGAGAACACUAUUGCUAACAUUUUUUACACGAAAUAAUAUACCUAAGAAAAAGUGCUUGUCUUCAAAAUAGGAGAAUACAUGACAAAUUAAAGUAGUUGUCUUUUAUAUACCAUAUAAAAAUGCAACAAAAUAACUGAAAUUAGGCAUUUAUGAGCAAAAAAAAAAUUCCUAAAAUUAAUAAAUAAAGUCUAGAAACUGUAAACUUAGUUUCUGAUCCACUCAUUUUCUGGGGCAUGUGAGUCUUCUCUGGUGAAGACGCAGGGUCUGUGGCACAAUAACAGCUGCAGGAGAGAGAACUAAAUUAUGGUAGAUUUUGUGUGAAUGAAAAUGACCAGCUGACUAAAAUAUUUCUUAUCACCAUAUACAGUACAGGCCAGAAGUUUGGACACACCUGAUUCAAUGCAUUUUCUUUAUUCUCAUUUCAAUUUAAAUUGUAGAUUCUCAGUGAAGGCAUCAAAACUAUGAAUGAACACGUGGAAAAAUGUGCUUAAGAAAAAAGUGUGAACUAACUGGAAACAUGUAUUACGUUUUAGAUUCCUCAAAGUAGCCACCCUUUGCUUUUUUGAUAGCGCUGCAAACUUUUGCUGUUCUCUCAGUGAGCUUCAUCAGGUAGUCACCUGAAAUGGUUUUUACUUCACAGGUGUGCCUUGUCAGGCUUACUUCGUGACUGACAGUCGGUCACUAAGUACUUCAUCAAGAGCAAAGAGUGGCUAUUUUAAAGAAACUAGAAUAUAAAACAUGUUUUCAGAAGUACAAAAUUCCACAUGUGUUCAUUCAUAGUUUUGAUGCCUUCAGUGAUAAUCUACAAAGGAAAUAGUCAUAUAAAAAAAUAAAGAAAAGACAUUGAAUGAAAAGGUGUGUCCAAACUUUUGGCCUGUACUGUAUAUUCCCUUGAAAAUCACCACUUUGGGGGGUGGCACGGUGGUGUAGUGGUUAGCACUGUCGCCUCACAGCAAGAAGCUCCUGGGUUUGACUCCGGGUCAGGGUGUUUCUGUGUGGAGUUUGCAUGUUCUUCCUUGUGUCAGCGUGGGUUUACCCUGGGUACUCCUGUUUCCUCCCACAUACGAAAAACAUGCAGAAGUGGGGUUAGGUUAAUUGGCCACUUUCAAAUUGCCAAUAAGUGUGAAUGUGAGUGACCUGCAAUACGUGCCUGAAGGAAAAAGCAGGUUUUGGAUCAGGGAAACAAAUAUGCCUUCAAAGAUGUCAAAGGCAAUGCUGAAGCUACCCAGGGACCCAUGAUACUCAGACAAACGCAACAUAAUGAAAAUCACGUAAACAUGUUUGGUCAGGGGAAAAUCACCCAGUGAUAGUAUUCUAGGGUUAAACACUCGUUUGGUCUGCAAAGCAUUCUGGAAAUUGGAAUAAACACCCAUCACAAUCCCUUAUUAUCCAUAUUAGUAAAAUUUCAGAUCGGUUUAAAUGGCAGAAUAAACCAAAAAUAUCUCAUGUUGUGCAACGAAAACCCGGUAAAUGUAGUUAAUCAUGGCAUCUGAAAGCUUAAGUUUGUAACUUUAGCAUGAGAGUGGACUGAAAGAAAACAUGAGAUGAUUAUUUCCACAGUAUGCAUGUUGUACCGUUUAUUUACAUUAGAAAUAUUACUCUUUAAGAAGAUCCGGCUGAAUAGUUGAGUAUGUAUGAAGAGGAAUAAAUAGUCAUAGUAUAUAAAAAACCGUGAUUAUAAAAACAACAAUGUGAUCAGUAAAGUUCUUGUAUUGUUGUGUUGUAUAAGUAAAUAUUUAUCAUGUGAUUGCAGGCUGGGGCAUUGGACUUGUUGAAAGAGCUGCGCAGUAUUCCCAUGACUCUAGAGCUGCUUCAGGUAUGUUGUCUUGUCUCUGCUGAGGUUACCAGCGACACAAGCAGUGUCCAAAACCCUGAUCCACCCUGACUCAAUUUUUCCCUACAGUCGACCAGAAUUGGGAUGUCCGUUAACGCCAUCCGUAAGCAAAGCACAGAUGACGAGGUGACAUCCUUAGCCAAGUCUCUGAUUAAAUCGUGGAAGAAACUUUUGGGUAAAUAUUUCUUUUCACUUCUUCUUUCGGGUGUUCGUUUGAUCUUUAUAUGAUAUUUUCUGGAGUUUGUCUUGUGAUGCUUUAGGUUACUGUGUUUACCGCCAACAAUUUUGCUCUUUUUUGAUACUGAUCAGCCAAAGUAAAAAUAGAAAAGGGCUGUAAAUAACCUUAUAAUAUAAACAUGUUAUUAUAUUAUGAUAUUGUUUUUAAUCUUAUGACCUUCAGUUUUAGUUUUUCCAGGUUUAUGAGUUGUUUUGGGUUUUGUGAUAAAAAUGAAUACAGUAUUUGAGAAAGUACAACUCAAACAGAUCGAUGACAUUACUCUAUUUUGGUGAUAUUUUACAACUAAAUUCUGUUAAAAAUGUUCAAAUUUAGUUUUAAUUUGUGCCUCUCCUACAAGUGAUGAUAACAUAAACUCUUAUGAGUCCUUGGUUAGACUCUAACAUCAGCAUUGUUGCCUGUAUCCCCCCACCUUUACCCCCAAAUUCCUGCUUGCCAUGUUAAGUGCUGAGGCUAGACAAAUGCAUAGGUAUUAUUUAGACAGAGGCUACACAGUGAUUUCUCACUUUCACAUUAUGUUACUUAUACUCCAGAUGAGCCUGGAGGUGGAGACAAAUCAUCAGACGAAAAGAGAAAAGAGCAAACAACACCGGUCGUUUCUCCAUCACAGGGAAGCCCGGAAGCAAAAGAGGAAAGGUGAGAAGAAAAAGGAGAAUAUCUAAUGAUGUGAUAUUGGUAUUGUCUUUGAAGCAUGAACAUCAGGCUCCAGAAGUUUCCAAUUCCCCUCUUUUCUUGAUCUCACAGCAGCUCCAGCAGCAACUCCAGCAGCAAGAGCGAGCCCUCUGAAGUUACAUCUAACACGUUAAUCAACACCUUUCCUCGUGCGCCAAGUACCAGCGACUCUAUCAGGCUCAAGUGCAGAGAGAUGCUGUCAAACGCUCUGCAAACUGGAGGUAAAAAUAUUGAACUGUGGCACUGAAUGAUUAAUUUUCCUCAUCAGCUUAUUUGCAAGUUCUGACUGUGUAUCUUCUUUUCCCCCAGAUGAUUAUAUCGCUAUUGGUGCUGAUUGUGAUGAACUUGGAGCUCAGAUCGAGGAAUAUAUCCUUUACAUUUUGUGUAAUGCAACACGCCAUCAUAACAUUAAUUAUAUGUAGCUGAUAGUCAUAAAUGAACAUAUUGAGCCUUACCCCAUUUUUUUUAUUAUUCAAUCAACCUUCAGUUGUACUUAGGUCAGUAAGUUUGUUUAAUUGUCUACAGCUUGUUAUGAUUCUUGACUAGCUUUUUUAUUUGUUUGUUUUGUCUAAUAGAAAGUCUGCACCCUAUGAAAUAUUAAAGAUAAACAAUCAAUCAAUCAACUUUAUUUCUAUAGCACAUUUAAAAGAACCACGAGGGUAGCCAAAGUGCUGUACAUAAAAACAAAUAAAACAAAGAACAAGAUAAAGCGAGCAAAAAUACAUUAAUACAAAAAAAUAAAUAAAUAAGCAGGCAAGUGCUAAGGUGAUAAACAGAAUAACACUUCAAUGUAUCAAACGCUAAGAAGUAAAAGUAAAACAACAAAGAAAUCCUCAUAUCCUGUGAAUCCUGUGAACCUAAUAACCAGUGCAGGUUAUUUAUUUUUGACAAAAAGCUAUAAAGUCCUUUUUUUAUCAUCAUAAUCAAUGUGGAUACAGUUUUAGCUGAUUAAUUGAUCAAUAAAACUACUAAUUGUGGGGUUUUUUUGUGUUUUUCUCUCUAAUUGCAGAGAAAAUUACAAAUCAUGUAAUGUGAGAUGAGGCUUGUAUAUCGAGAAGUAGUGACAACAACUGAUAUAAUUGCUCUUAAUAAGCUAAAAAAUCAGAUGCUGUGUUUUUUAUUUUUCAGCCACAAUAUUUAAACAUCAGUUGGAUGAAAUUGAUGCUGUCUAGUUUUGUUUUUGUGUGUUUGUUACACUUUACAGAUGAAAAAUAAAUUCAUAUGAAAUUCCUUGACCUGCUUUCACGCAUCUAUCAGGAGUUUAAGAACACAGACAUGAAAUACAAGAACCGUGUAAGGAGCCGAAUCUCAAAUCUAAAGGAUAUGAAGAACCCGAAUUUAAGGAGGACUGUGCUGUGCGGGAGUGUAACUCCUGAGCGGAUGGCUAAGAUGACUGCAGAGGUGUGUUUGCUGUCCAAAGCUUAGGAUUGGCACAGUCAGCAAUAGUUACUCUAACACCUUUCUAAGUAUCAGCAGCUACGAAGUCUUCAUAAAUCUUCAAUGGCAGCGUUAUUUAGUUAUUAUAUGUACGGUUAAUUUUACUGCCAAUUGGAUAGAGCUCGCUUGGAUGCGUCAAAACUGACUUUCCCCUGUUUUUAGGAAAUGGCCAGUGAUGAGCUGAAAGAAAUGAGAAAGAAUUUGACCAAAGAGGCUGUCAGGGACCACCAGAUGGCCACCACAGGAGGCACCCAGACUGAUCUGUUCACCUGUGGCAAAUGCAAGGGCAAAUGCUGCACCUACACACAGGUACAAACGCCGUUGAUGCUUUGCAGCCGACAAGGCAGUAAAAUGUGAUUGUCAUGGCUUAACGGAAACAGUUUGUGUCAUAACUUUAAAGCGCCGCAUUGUUGCUUGUCAAGCUGAUAAAUCCAAGUGUGGGAAUUUUUGGGAAGUGUUGAACUUUAUAUUGAAAUAACUGUUUAUGUUUCUGUCAUUCCCAGGUUCAAACUCGCAGUGCUGAUGAGCCUAUGACCACGUUUGUUUUUUGCAAUCAGUGCGGAAAUAGAUGGAAGGUACGUUUGUUUGCGUGGGCUUUUAUUGACUCAGUCCUGCGUGGGGAAGGUGUAGCCCCCUUGUUCUAUGCCAAGGCCUAUGCUUUUGUGAUGCCACUUGAGCUGUUUCCACUCCACACUCACAUGAGAAGCAUCAAUACUUUCUGAGGAUAUUAUUCAGCCAAUUUGGGUCUUGGCCCACUCCACUGGCAGACUGUUUACUUUCACACCUGUAUUUAGACAGAAACCUUUUCCAAACUCACCAGUGCUCUCCAGCCUGUAAACAGAAACCCUUAUUUCUCAUGCUUCAAUAUUGUUGCUCACAAAUUAGAGCUAAAGUGAUACUUAUCAGACUGUGGAACCACAGAGAGGAGCAACACUUAUGCUUAUUAUUUUGGUGUCUUACAAGCACAACAUCAAGCAUUUUCUGGGUUUGUUGUAGCUGGUCAGAUCAUAAAAUGAGACAUGAAAUGAAAACUGAAGUGAAAAAUUCUAUUUUUAGAUUUUCAGAUGUUUCCAUCAUUUCAAAGUCCAAAAUAUCUAGCAGAUGAUUUCAUUGAUUCAAGGAAAUUAUAGAACAGAAAUAACUCUUCGUUGUUUUUUAUGUCUUAACCAUCGUGGUGUGAUUGAAACUUUCUAACUAGUCUUUGUGUUUUUGUGUCCUAGUUCUGCUGAAUCGGCGGGUGUUUCCACAGCACUCCGACAAGUAGCAAAAUUCCCGGACCAGGUUUUGUCUCUCUGCAGCCGAUUUGAGCUUUGCGUUGUGUGGUACAUGGUGCACAACAUGCCAGACACGGAUGCCACUGCGGUUACCAUGAAUAAAUAUACUGUUCAUAGAUUGAGCUCGUUGUCAGUCCCCCGACUCCCUCCCCCCAAAAAAUCUUUUACUAUUGUUAUUAGUUGUUUCUCACUGUCAGAUAUAUGCGAUCAGUCUUGUCUCAUUCUCUUUUAUCUACAUUUUUUUAUAUGUAGUUUUAACACUUUGGAUAAUGUUGUUUUGCUUUCCCCUCACAACAUUGCAUUGUUUUAUUUAAUUUCCCAAUAAAAGUGUAAUCCAUUUGAUUAAAAGAAGUGCUUUUCAUUAGACUGAA